UCAAACCCACAUUGGCUCGCAAAUAUCGUCUCGCCUGCAGCACAGCACUCUCUCCCUCACACACGCACCGCUGGCUGUGGAUUCUCCAUCUUAUUCCAUACAUCUGCAGGUCAUUUCAUAGGCAAGUCAGCCAAACCUGCCUCAGGGAGCAGGAGAAUGGAGAACAACAUGUGACGAUCCGUGCAACACUGUCGACAGCAUGCUUCGCCUCCACCGGACCUUGGCUCUUUUCUUCUGGUAUUUUUUGCUCACCCACAGGCGGGUUCUAGCCGACGAAGAGGCCCUCUGGGGACCUACACCAUCGAGUGAAAAGCCAACUGAGAAGAAGCCCAGCUCUUAUUGGUGGACCCCAUCAUUCCCAAAGCUUCCUUCUCUCCCUUCACUGCCAUUUAAAAUCCCUUUUUAUGAGAGUUCACAUAGUAAAGAUGAGGCAGCUGCUUUGACCACGACUGCCAAAGGGUUGACAAAUCUAAUCAAUCACUUCCAAGACCACACUGGAUCAGGAGAGGGGAGCGUUUCUGAAGAAUCUCAACCACCCACCACUUUGACUCAGGGUCUGCUUAGGAGCGUGACAGAGAUAAGAACUGAAUCACUUCCCACAGGGACAUCAGAUUCUUCACACAGCAGCAUAACUCACACCGACAAUAAUGCUCUUGUUUCACCCACAAGCAGCUUUAUCAGAAACACUCUGUUCACUAACAGUCCCACCAACACAAACACUCCUGAACAAAAUGCAACACAUACCCAUUCAUCAUGGGGAACUGCAGAAACAGAACCCAGCAUGGGUGCCACUACACAACAUCUCCCUGAGGAACACAGUAUGUAUCAAAAGGCUGAGAUAAAAUCCUCCACAGUACCAGAAACUACAGUUCCAACCACCCUGAUGAGGGAAGCAGAACAAACAACAACACCAAACUCAGGACUGGUGGAGUCUACCCUGUCAAGCACACAUGCUUUGACGUCUGUAACCCACCUUACUUCUUCAGAAACCCUGUUUGUUAGGAGACCAGAGGAGUCAACUCUAAGUGUGUCCUUCCUUACAGUUGAAGCCACAACGUCAGAAACUCAGCCCACUCAGAGCCAAGUGGACCUGGGCUUCUCAGAGACCAGCAUGGGGAAUACAGAGGAAGAGCCAGGGACAAUUUCCACUGCUCCAGGGAUCGAUCAUAAACUAGUCCUUGAAUCUAUAACAAGCACAACUCCGAGCGAAAAGGCUAACUUUACAAUUGCAGAAGAGCUGCCAGACAACAAGGAGAAGGAAGAAGAGGAAGGUGUGGCCCCUUCAGCUGCAGAUGGGAAUGCUGACACAAGUUUGGCAGACAUUUCCACGCCGUCCGCUAAGCCGCUAACAACAUCUCCAACACGGAGCACAGGUCUUCCUUCUGAACCCCUGUCUAUUCUUCUGUAUACUGAAGACUGGCUGUCUAACCUGGCAAACAAUGACGUCACCCUUCUUCCAGACUGCAAUAAAGAAAGCUCAGGAAUCUGCAAUUUCUCCUACACUUGGGAUGCCACAACUUUGUCAGAAAUCAAGAAAUUUAGGCCCGUGCUAAACACCACUGCCACAAACCAGUCAAACAACCCCUUCCUGAACCCACCCACACCCAUGCUGGUACCUUUGUACACAGACUGGAACAGUGCCAUGGCAGCCUGGGGCCUGGCCUGGGAAGCACAUGUCUACGGUGCAGGCUGCAUCUUUGCAAUGCUGACACUAGCUUCAGCACUCAAUCUGCUCUGCUUACCACUGCGAUGCCCAUCAGGCUGCGGCUACUUUGCUCUGGUCAGCUUGUUCCUGCUCGCUGCUGGUUGCACAAGGUCCUUCUCACUCCUGUAUGAUGCUUACGGCCACCAGGACCGCAUACCCUCCGCAGAGGCCUCGCUCAUGCUCUACGAAGCACCUUUUCCCUGCCUCACUGCAGCUUUUGGUCUGGUUUUCCUUCUCUUAUCAAUGCGCUCAAGAAUGCAGCUCUCCUACUCAGCCUUCCAAAGACCCUGUUUCCUGGCCUGCCUGGUGUUCUUGCACUUUGCUGCUGCAUUCGGUCCAGUAACACUACUGAAGUUCUACCAAGAAAAGCCUCCCUUGUGCCUCUUUCUUUCUCUUAUUUCCCGUGGAGCCUUCGUGGGACUGGCAACAUUCCUAUCUGCUGCCUAUUUUGUGUUCUACAUCUAUGUGCGGGCAGACUCAAAGCAUAUCUACCACCUGAACAACACGUCUCCAACUCCUGCUGAGCGGUACAACCGCUGUCCCUUUGCUGAGAGCCGGGACUGGAACCGUGCAGCUGUCACUGUUUGUCUUUCAGCGUUAUUUUCUUUAGCUUGUGCUGGACUUCAGUUGUAUGCGAUGCUUAAUGCUAUGGGAGUCGCAGGUGGAGAAGAGGUCUUCCACCCUUGGCCGUGGUGGACUUUUCAGUUCAGCUGCAGACUAUGUGAGCUCGGGGUUUGUCUCACCUUAGCCUUUGUGGUUGCACAACCAGUCUAUUGUUCCAACCAGCUUCCAGCUGCUGGAAGUUGCUGGACUGAACUCCUGGCAUCCAAGUCACCAAUCCUGCCUGGGAGCUACCAGUGGACGCUGAGCCAGCAAGAAAAGCUCGCCAUUGUCGACACUGUUGGGCUUGGAGAGACAGAAAGCCUUCCUCUGUACACUCUGGUGGAUGAGAGGCUUGGUAGCAGCUUGAAUGGUCUAGAUCUCCUCUACCAUAGCAACCGGGCCUUGGCAUACAGAGACCUGGACUUGGAUUUGGACUUACAGGGUUUGGGAAAACCUGAGGAUGGAGGAGGCAGAGAGCCCUCAGGUGGAUCCUCAUUUACCAGCGACUCCACCACAGAUCUGCGCCCACCUUCACCCAUCAACCUGCGCCGCAGCAUAGACGAAGCACUCUUUAGCGAAGCCUUGUUUCCCAUGAGCCUCUUCAGCCCGGUUCGGCCUCUUUGCUGCAGUGACAUGCCUGCAAACAACCACUGGACUCUUCCAAGUAAGGGCCUCUGCGAUCCUCUCUCAGCUGACUCCGGCCUUUAUCGGACCUCCUCCUGUGCAGAGAUAACUUCUCAACUCCAACCCUCUUCCUCCCAGCCUCAAGGUGAUGCCACCGAAGGUGCUCCAGCAUCAUCCUCAAGCUGUUCGUCACCCGAACGCUGGAGAAGCAGCUCCUCCUUGUGCUCCCUCUACCGAACCUCCCUUGGAGGAUCCUCACUGGUCCUCUGUCCAAGUCCAGAGAGACAUGCGAGGGAAGGAGCCACGGGUCACAUGGUGUCCUCUGACCCACAGAGGCAAUACCAAACUCUGGGAGCUGCAUCACAGGAGAGCCUGGACCUGUCAACAGAUCGAUCAGUGCAGGAGGAAUUCAUCAGCGUUUGCAGACAAAUCGAUGCUUUAAGCAUCUGCAGCGAAACCAUUGAUUUAUAAAGCUAACUCUGACCAUAUUCAGGACCUAAAAGGAGUGUCUUCUUUGUGCAAAAACUUGGAUUUUUACAAAGUAUUUAAUAGUGCAUGUCAGCUUAACAUAAAUUAUACAAGAACUAUAGCUGCCAAAAGGUUUUUGGAAGUUUGAUGAGAUUUUGUUUGUAGUUAUCGAAUGUCACUGCAGGUCUCAAGUGCCAAGAUUGUUUAAAAAAAAAAAAAAAAAAGUGGUUUGUACAUUUUACAUGUUUGA